AUGGCUCCUGCAGAGGACGGCGACGGUGAAGCUGCUGACGAGCCAUCGAAGGAUGCGCCUGCGCGAACAGGCCUGGAUUUUUUGUGCGCGCUGCAUGCGAACCCUCCGCCUGUGGUCACUCUAGGCACGUCAUCUUGCAGCAAAGGGAAAGAGAGUGUGUCAAAGCCGCCUGCUUCCAAUGCCGUCGCGCCGGACAGUGCUCCCGCCACUGUCAGCGUGACAGAGGUGGGCGAGUCAUCGUCUGCAGCCUCGAAGAAGAGGCGUCGCUUCGCGCAGGCUGUUUUACCGUUCGGCACGCCACCAGCGAAACCGACUCCGCCUCCCGCUCCAUGGCUGCCGAAGUUUGACUGGCUGCUGCUGGACAAGAACGAGGAGGGGCUGCUCAUUCUGCGAUGCAGCAUUUGCGUGGAGCACGGAAAGGACGAUGCGAAGUUCGGACGGAACGGAACGGGAGGGCGCGAUCUGCAGCUGGGAUCGAUGCGAUGCCACGAGCUGAGCGGCCGCCACGACGAAGCCAUGAAACGGCAGCAGACGCUCAUGGCGGAGAUCGAGAAACAGAAGAGGAUCGACGACUUCGCCAACACCGACAAGGAGGGGGCGCGGCUGACCCAUCUCAUGCGUGACGUGGAGUUCAUCUGCGGCCACGACGCACCAAUCGCGAUGUUCCCGAAGCUCAUAGGCUUCCUCGCGGAGGAGGGAGUCGAGGACAUCCCGCUUCAGUCCUACGGCGUGUACAUCACACAGUAA